UGUGGUGUGGAGAGCUGCCGUUAGGAGUAAGGACACAAAAAACAGGCUUAUUUCCCAAGCCUAACUGAUUUAGCCUGUUUUAAACAAGUCUAAUCUGCAUACUAGAAUACGGUGGAAAUAGUAUUUUGGCAUCGGAACACAUCUGUGGCUAAUUUGAUUACAGGUGCAUUUUUCUUCGCCAUUGGAAUACUUCAGAUCGGUACUGAUGGGCUGGCUGGGUCUAUGGGCAAUUCUUCUCCCACUGGGCUCUUCCCUCCACCACUCUGAAGGAUGGAGCGACAUGGAUGAAAACAAAGGAAACAAACACGAAAGCACUUUCGGGGGACUUCAGUCUGAGCAAACUGGGGGACCAGGAGCAAUAGCUGGCAAAAUUAACUACAGUCGCGUGGGGCUCCAUGGGACCUGCAAGGAGACGUUUUGUGAAAGAGGGCGCCAGUGUGUGGUUGGCGAAGAGACAGGGAAGGCAGAGUGUGUGUGUCUAGAAAAGUGUCACCCCACUUUUGUGCCCGUCUGUGGAUCAGAUGGAAGAUUUUAUGAAAAUCAUUGUGAGGUUUACCGCACCUCUUGUCUUCAGAAGAAAAAGGUCUUCGUUGUGCACAGCAAGGACUGUUUCUUCAAAGGUGACACCUGUACAAUGGCAGAAUACAACAGGCUAAAGAACAUGCUUCUAGAUCUUCAGUCGAGAAGCUUCAAGCAAGGCAGAAAUGUCCAAGAAAAUCGCAUGUCCCGACGGAGAUUUCUAGUGCAGAAGAUGUUUAAAUACUUGGAUAUCAACAACGAUGGGCACCUAAGCAGCGAUGAGCUUGCUCAGAUCUCUAUGAAAGAUCACUUAGAUGAUGACCUUCUGGAAUGCACAAUGCAGGACCUGCUCAGAUAUGAUGAUUACAACAAUGAUGGUCAUCUGACACUUCAAGAAUUUUACACUGCAUUCCAGGUUGUUCAGCUGAGUCUUCCUGAAGAUCAGAAAGUCAGCAUCACCACAGUAACAGUGGGACUGAGCACUGUGUUGUCAUGUGCCAUCCAAGGAACACUGAGGCCUCCAAUCAUCUGGAAGCGAAAUGGAAUUAUACUGAACUUUUUGGAUUUAGAAGAUAUUAAUGACUUCGGAGAUGACGGCUCACUUUAUAUUACAAAGGUGACAACUAUACACAUGGGUAAUUACACCUGUCAUGCAUAUGGCUAUGAAGAUCUCUACCAGACACAUGUCCUGCAGGUGAAUGUUCCACCAGUGAUCUUGGUGUACCCAGAGACACAGGCACAAGAACCAGGAGUGUCAGCCAGCUUGAAGUGUCAUGCUGACGGCAUUCCCAAUCCCAAAAUUGUAUGGCUCAAGAAUGGAAUGGAUAUACUGCCAAAGCUAUCGAAGCAACUUUCACUGAUAGCAAAUGGCAGCGAGCUCCAUAUCAGCAGCGUGCGUUACGAAGACACAGGUGCCUACACCUGCAUUGCGAAGAACGAUGUGGGUGUGGAUGAGGACAUCUCUUCACUAUUCGUGGAAGAUUCUGCCAGGAAGACUCUUGCAAACAUACUGUGGCGAGAGGAAGGAUUAAGUGUGGGGAAUAUGUUUUAUAUUUUCUCUGAUGACGGAAUCACAAUCCUUCAACCAAAUGAAUGUGAAAUUCGAAGAAACAUAAAACCAACAGAAAGGAUUGUUGCAAGUUAUGAAGAAAUGUGCCCUAAGGGUGAAGGAGAUUCAAUUCAGCAGUGCGUUUGGGCUUCUGCUGUCAGCGUCAGGGACAAAUACAUUUAUGUCACGCAGCCCAUUCAGAACAAAGUGCUGAUUAUAGACACCCAGUCUCAGAAAGUUGUGCAGGUUGUGGAAACAGAUCCUGUGCCAGUGAAACUGCACUAUGACAAAUCCCACGACCAGGUCUGGCUGUUUAGCUGGGGCAAUGCAAACAAAUCCCAUCCAACCUUGCAGGUUAUCUCUCAGGCGAGUGGAGGAGAGGAGCACCGCACAAUUCGAACACAGUUUGAAAGAGUGGAUAACUUCUUCAUUCCCCCAACGAAUCUCAUUAUAACCCACAUAAGAUUUGGAUUCAUAUUUCUCAAGCUGGAACCUGCAGUGCACAAAAUUGAUCUGGAGACAUUCCGUCGCAUCAAGACCAUCAGCCUGAAAAACUACAGCUGCAUCCCUGUCAGCAUGGCCUACACCCAUGUGGGAGGCUAUUACUUCAUUCAGUGCCAGGGCAAGAACUCCACAUCUCUGCCACCACAGCUCAUCAUAGAUAGCGUGACUGAUUCCGUGAUUGGUUAUAACAUGGACAUAACGGGAAAGCCAUACAUCUCCGCGGACGGCCGCUAUGUGGUAACACCAGACGACUCCAGCAGGAUGAUCAGAGUUCAGAGCAUCACCUUUCAAGGAGAGCUGCAGUUGACCCUUGAACUGGAAACUGGCUUCCAUGUCUCGGACAUAGUGUUUCAACCUUCCUUUACCGAAGCCAACCAGUACUACAUAUAUGCCACCUCUAGGUCACAAACAGACCUGCUCUUUAUAGAACUGUCAACAGGGAGAAGGGAAGUUUUGAAGAACCUUAAAAGUCCAAUUCCUCCUCAGUCCUGGCCCUGGAGCAGUAAUAACAGGGUGGUGGUCAACAGUGGGUUGUUUGGACAAUACCUUGUGACGCCGUCAACAGAUUCUCUAUUUGUCUUAAAUGGGAAGCAGAACACGCCACACUGCGAGGUGUCUGAUAUAAAGAGGGGUAACACAGUGGUAUGGGUGGGGGAAGUAUGAGAUAAAAAGAGAAAGAAAAAAAGAGUUCAAGCAAAAAAAAUACUAAUGGACUCAACCUUGGGACUGAGCUAGGGGUUGUGAUGUAUGGCAAUUGUACACAAAAUAAAAUAAAACAAAUUAAAAUAUUUUUUACUCUUGAGAGGGUAUCUGAGCCCUUCAGUGCAACAGUGAUCUACAUGCACAAAUAUAAUGAACAUUAUACAUUAUUGCACUUCCUUAUAACACUGCAGAUUAACAUACAGACGUAAGGAGGAAUAUUUUAAAAUGAACUAUGCACAAAUCUCACUUUUUUAGACUAUUUCUUUUAGUUUUAAAUUGUUUGUCGGGCACCAGUGCUACAGAUUGUCACUUCAGGUUUCUGUCUGCUUACUUUUGUGUUUGGCCUCUUUUUUAAAAAAAUGGCCUGUUUAUUGUUGCAAUACAUGCUGUCUCCUCUUGUGUGUAAUGUAUGUUAAAAUGUUUUCUCUAAACCAGCACAGUUUGGCUUGAACCUUUCAUUGUACCUAAGAACUACGUAUUGAUCAUUCCGUUACCUGCAGAAUUCUUUCCAAAGAUUGUUUUAACCCACUUGUUAAAUUCAGAUAAUAAAAGAUUUAGGAUUUCAAAUGUUGAGUUUAGUGUGGUGUUAAGUUCAAACAGACCUAGACACUAUAACUCUUUAUUUUUUCUUCAUUUAGCUCUUCUCCAUUUACUCAUAACAUGGAAGCAUUUUGCAUUUGAAAACACUGAUAAUUGCGAAUGCAGAUUAAAAACUUAACCACAUGUAAUUGCAUCAUGAUCCUGGCUUGUUCAGUAACCAGAUGAACAUUAAGUAAACUGCACUUAUUUGUAAAACUGUUAUAACCUAUUCUUAAAGUGACUGACAUAACAAAAACAAAAUUUAUCAUUGUAAAAUGCAAAAUUUAAUAUACCUAAGUAAUGUACACAAUGAGUCUCCUUUCAUACAAUCAAGCUUCUUUCACUCCAAACGUGUAAUAUUUGGAAUGCCAUUGAAAGGCUUAACCAAUUUUGCUAAAUUAAUAAUUUAAUUAAUUCAUGUAUACAGCAAUGAAGAAAUUAAUGACUGUGAUGAUUAAAGACCAGUUUUCUCUUUGAUCAGUAUUGUUGUAUUAGUUCUUGUUCUUUGUUUUAUUAGAAUGUAUAGCUGCCUAAUUUGAUGUUUCACAGCACUGUUUGUGGCUACAUUGCCGACAGAGGGAAUCAACAGAUAUUUGUGAUCUUUGUAAAGUCAGGAGUGCUUCAUGGUUAGUGAAAAAGGGACUUUGGAAGAAAAGGUUUUGUUCUGGAAGCCAAACCUUUAUGGUGUGUGAUUGACAUUUAUGAAAGAUUCAUAAUAUUGUAUUGUGUUUUAAAAAUAUUUUGAACUUUACACUUAAACCUCACAGAAAUAUUUGAUGUUAAAAAUCAAAGCAAAGAAACAUUGACUUUAUAAAUGUGGUAAGAAUAGUAAAUAGUAAAUAAAGUUGAAAUCCAAAGUGCACUGUAGAGAGAAAACUUAAGUUGGCAUGUAAUUUAGACCAAGAGAUAUACUGUACAAUAAUGACAUCAAAUACUUAAGAUGUUAUGGAUCAGUAGGGCAGGGGUUACACUUUGAGUCUUGUAAUAAAAUAGUGACUGAGAAAAUAUCACUUUUUAUAACUCACACAAUUUACCUGUGUCUUACAUUUACCUAUGGGAGGAAUAUUUUUAACUGCUCAAGGGAUCAUGAGCAGGGCUGAAAGUCAGUGUCACCAAAUGGAAGUAAUGGUUAGAGACAUUUUCUUUAUGGGGGUGAUCACAGGAUUAAGUGUUGUUAAAAAUAGACCAAGUUUGUAUAACUUUAUGAGCAAAGGCAAAAAAGAGAGAGAUGUGACAGUACGAGUGUAGUGGUGUUGUUCAGCAAUGAAACGCUCGCCAUGAUUUUAUUCUCACCCCACAGUAUCUCCUACAGAGCAAUCGAAAGAGCUAAGAGUACUUUUUAUGUCCAAGUGGAUGUCUGGCUUUUCAUUUAUUUCACA